UAAACACACUGAACUCUUCAAGUCAGUGCAAUGUUUAACCGUACAUUAUAAACAUCAUAGUAACUGACAUUAUUUAUUGGUUAAAUAAAAAAUAAAAAUAAUUUUAUUUAGUUUUUUUAGUUUAAUUAUUUAGUUAAUUAGUUUUUAAUUUAAGACUGUGCAAUAAGAUAAAAUGCGGCUUGUGAUAUUAGAUACUGCUGAUAAUGUAUCCGAAUGGGCGGCGAAAUACGUUUUAAAACGUAUUAUAGAUUUUAAACCCGGUCCUGGUAAAUAUUUUGUAUUGGGUCUUCCCACAGGAGGUACUCCAUUAGGAAUGUACAAAAAGUUAAUCGAAUAUUAUAAAGCUGGAAAAGUGUCCUUUCAAUAUGUAAAAACAUUUAAUAUGGAUGAAUAUGUGGGUCUCCCACGGGAUCAUCCAGAAAGUUAUCAUUAUUAUAUGUGGAAUAAUUUUUUUAAACAUAUUGAUAUUGAUCCUAAAAAUGCACAUAUCUUAGAUGGAAAUGCUCCAGAUUUAGUUGCCGAAUGUAAUGAUUUCGAAAAGAAAAUUGUCGAAGCUGGUGGCGUAGAAUUAUUUGUUGGCGGAAUUGGUCCUGAUGGUCAUAUUGCAUUUAAUGAACCUGGAUCGUCAUUAACUAGUCGAACUCGUGUGAAAACAUUAGCUCAAGAUACUUUGGAGGCAAACGCUCGUUUCUUUGGUAAUGAUAUUAGUAAAGUUCCUAGCCAAGCACUUACAGUUGGUGUUGGUACCGUAAUGGACGCGAAAGAGGUUAUGAUAUUGAUAACUGGUACACAUAAGGCUUUUGCCUUGUAUAAGGCCAUUGAAGAAGGUGUCAAUCAUAUGUGGACUGUUUCUGCAUUCCAGCAGCAUCCACAUACGUUAAUGAUAUGCGAUGAGGACGCAACAUUAGAACUUCGUGUUAAAACUGUUAAAUAUUUCAAGGCUCUAAGUGCUGUUCACCACAAGCUUAUUGAAGAAGAUACAUUGGUUGCUAAUUCCAGAGUAAUUCAUUAAAAAAAUAUGACACACAUCCUUCAUACAACCACGCCAUGACGGGAUUACUUGAACUCCACAAUAAAUUAGUGGAUGGAUAAGUCUAGAUAUAAUUGUAAUUUACUCUCUAAAAAAGGUGUUUAUCAAAAUUUCUUAUAUUUCUAAGACACAAG